CGGCGAGGGAUCAUGCAAUAUUUCUUUCGUUUGUUGCGUUCAGUUCCAUGACUUUCUUCUUGCGAUAUUCGUUAUUAGCCCUUCUCAAACUAUUCCAAUGGUCACCUUUGCUGGCGACCCUGGAUCCCUUCAGUUCUGUUCGGAGCAUCGACGGAGACUCUACGGUCCUCGAGAGACACAACUUCCUGUGGCCAAAUCCUCCGGCAAACUAUCUUCCCGCCGGAUUCGCCUCGAGCAAUAGAAGCAGUCGUGUCUCUGCUCAUGACCACCAUCCUCCUCCAUCAUCCUUCACUCUCACAUAUGCACUCUUGAUUUCCCAGCACAAACACUACUUGUCAAACUUCGUGGAUUCUCUAGUUUUGCUUCACUCUAACCAGUUAAUUUAUUUCAACAGUGGUUUUUGCAGCAUCCUGGUCUUGGUUACCCUCAACCUUAGUCUCAUAUGUCUGUGUUCUGUCACUUGCCUCCAGUUUAAAAACAAAAUUCAUCUACUGGCUCUCCCAUCGUGGGGUAGCCUCGAAACCAUUUUCGGCAGUGACAGCGAAUCUCUAAGUGCAGCUGUUUCACUCGAGCUAUCCGGGACCGAGAGCGUAUGCAUCACUCCCGACCAAGAAACGUUCAACAGCGAUUCAGGUUUGCUUGCUACACAACAGGACAUCUUGCGAGCUCCCGACAUACAUGCCUUACAUGAGGAUCUGGACAGUCCCAAAAAUAUUGGCGCAGCCCUACACCUAUAUAACAAUCGAUGUGUAUUGCCACGUGAAACAGCUAACGAAAAUAGCGAUACCGAACGCACACUGAGUCAAGAGUUUGUGUCCUGCAACGAUCCGGCGUCCCUGGACGUCUCACCUGCACUCAAAUCGUCGAGCUCCGCAGGUUUCGAACUAGACAUCCACAAUGCUAAGCCUGAGGACCCACGUCAACCCUUAUGUCCGGCGCAUCUCGUUCGCAACUUCCCGCCACUGGCUGAGACCGUAUCUCGCGAAAAACCAAGAACGCACGAUGUACGUUGGCCAGCUCGCAAGCGUGAUGAUGCAACUUGCGAUGGCGACCUUCAAAUGACUAUACCUGCAAGGCCCAACCAUGAUGGGCAUCUUUCCGUCUCGAGUAGCCAAACUUCUUUUUCAUCGAUGGUUCCCAAAAAGCGAAGCUGGUCUCAGACGGCUGGUAUCGGUGCCGAUCUCGAGGAAGAUAGUGAUUCCAGCUGCGAGGAAGGGUCUUUCUGCAGCGAGUCUCCAGGGGAUCAAUUGGCUCUCAGAUUAUCUUCACAACAACCCAUUAACAAGAACGAGAAUCACGCUACUUCCCGUCCUUCACCGUCGACUUCCAGACGCGAUAAUAUAUUAGAGUGCGAUUCUCUUUGUGAUUCAGAACACACAGCUACGCCAUUCGAUAUGCAUCGCCGGAGUGCCAGCACGCCGGUGCCUUCUAGCAGAGGCAGUCAACAUUCAUCAAAUGGACUUGUCGGUACCAAGGUUAAACCGGACUACAGUCUGUCAACUGAGUCGGAACGCAAAUCCGACGGACCAGAUUCGUUCUGGGAGACAGCUGUGCAAGAGAGAUUGAGAGUCACCGCCGCUUUUACGACUUUAGAGCCGCUUAAACCAAAGGGUGCCAGGACUAUACUUCACCUGUCUCAAACCACCGCCACUGAUGGCGACCAGCCCGACAGGAACCUUUCCAGUGGGUCCGCAUCUCGUCCUGCUUCCUGGUCUGUAGCUACGCGAAAGACGCCGUGUGCCCACACCUCACAGCCCAAUUCCUGUGAGACGCAAGUUCAGCCCCAUGACGAUAAUCUCGUAACAAAGCCGGGGACGCCGGCGUUGGCCUCCAAUCAAGCUGACAGCUUCCCCGGGCUGACCCUGCGCUCGGGCGCCUAUGCAAAGUAUGUUCCUCCGCAACGACGUGUGGCCGGCGAGCUCGUCUACACUGUCUCACAGCAGACAAAGCCCAUGCCACGUCGUUCGGAACGCGUGAGAUCUGGAUUUUCGUCGCCUAUGCUGGAAACAAGGUCUCGUUCGUCUACCUUGUCUCCUUGGAGUCCGUUUGCACCACGCGAAUUUCCCUCUCCCACUUCGGAAGCAGUCGCGUGGAAGCGUGGUGCGCUUUUCUUGGCCAAUCCUCCACCAAACGAAUUUGCACAUAUUGAUGAAUUUGGAAACGAGAAGUCGUGGUAUGCAAAAUCAAAUUGUAGAACGGCAAACCCAGACGACUGGUUGUCACGUAACGUAACGGAGAAGCAUGCAGCGGGACAAUGGACGCUGAAAGAUGGUGAAGAGGGAUGUCAACUACACGCUCACACCUCUCCGCAGCAGCAUUGUCAUGGCCUGUGGAAGGACGAUCACCGUCGAUGUGAAACGUUCGGAACGUGAUGAAGAUGGAGUUUUACCCCUUGAAUGUUACGUGAAUUUCGAUGUGUUUUCUUUCCAGUUUCCCCCAUGUAUUUGAUUUGUGCAGUAACCACAUGGUAAUUUUGAUAGUUGUGGACUCGUGCUGUG